AUGCUGCUGGCUGGUCGCUCCAUUGCCAUGCAGCCCGCGCUGCUGCGUGGUGCCUCUGCCUCUGCCUCUGCCACUGCCUCUGCCUCUGCCUCUGCCUCUGCCGUCGCCGUCUCGCGCCAGAUCCGCGUUCCUCUUGCUCAGCGCUCUGCGAUGGCCGCUGUCUCGGCUCGCGCGCUGUCGUCGUCGUCGUCGCUCUCGCCAUCUGGUAAUGGUACUCCCUUCUUGCCCCAGCCACAGCACUUCGCCGCCCUUUCCGCCCCCCCCCCCGGCACCUUCCCCGAUCAUCACAAUCACCAACUUGGCUUGGUGAAACCCGUCCCAGCAACGGUGCUGCGGCGACCGAAUCGCCGUGGCGAUGGUUUGGGCAAACACAAGCUCACCAUGUUCAAAAAAAACCGCCAGAACGACCAUUUGUUUGGCUGA